AGUUAUACCCAUAGGAACCGCCAUUUGCUUUCCUAUAUUUAUGUUAUAGGUCAAAUUAUCAAAAGCAAAAUGCCCUUCACAGAGGAGGAAUGGUUGCCAACUUUAGAUGAAUUAGAAGUUGAUGAAAUUAAUAUGAGCUCUGCCCCUUUGAAGGCAGGAGCUCAUUAUUUUGGCAAGUAUUGUGAAAAGGAUUGCAAGGAGUAUAUGCUAUGCAGCUCCGAAGAAAAAGAUCCUCGAAAAUGUCUAAAAUAUGGAAAGAGGGUAACUCGUUGUGCUAUCAAUUUAUACACCCAAAUUCGAGAAAAUUGCGCUGAAGAGUUUACAAAAUAUUGGCAGUGCAUUGAUCAUGCAGAUGUUAAUAUGAAUUUAUCCUGGUGUCAGGCGACGCAAGCUAUUUUUGAUCAGUGUAUGAAAGAAAAAUUAAACUUUGAAAGGCCCAAACUUGGUUACUUAAGCAAAACGAAAGUUCUUGAUUCGAGCAGGCCGCGUCCUCAACGCAAUCUGCCGUUACCAGAUCCUGUUCCAGAAUUACCCGACUCUGCUGAUCUGCCAGCAAGUGAGACAUCUGAUAAAAGAAAAUUUGGAAGAGCAACUGGAACUUUUUGGAAUGUUUUGUGGUAG